AUCAUCGUAACAUCAUCAACAAGAGCCCAAAAGAGUGAUCAUGUGCCAAACAACCACGAACUUUCUAUCGCCAUCGAAGAAAUGGAGAAAGCAAACUACUUCUCUUUUGUGAUGCUCAUCAACAUGUUACCAUCCGUAAAUCCUCGAUUCUUGGCCAAUGUCACAUUCUUGAUGCCAAAGGACAAAACCCUUUCUAGAUCUAACAUUAUUAAUCAACAAGAUUCGGUUUCCGAGUUCUUGCUUCGCCACUCAAUCCCUUCCUCUCUUCUUUUCGAGCACCUCAAUCUCAUCCCCAAUGGCUCCAUUGUUCCUUCCUCUUUACCACAUUACACCCUCGAGAUCUCCAAUGGUGGAAGAUCAAACUACUUUCUCAAUAAUGUCAAGAUUAUAAGCCGCAACAUUUGUAGCUUAGGCUCUAUCAAAUGUCAUGGAAUCGACGGUAUACUACAAUCUCCAAGUACUAUCGACGAUGAUUCUCCUCGUAAUAAUCACACUUUACCCUUCAUUUCUUGCCCUAGCAGUCACAACAAUAGUGACCAAAGUAGUCAUAACAAUAGUUCUCGUCCUGCUCAUACUCUUACCGCUCCUCCUCCAGCAAGCAGUCCCCUGCCAAAAUCAGAUUCUCCAAGCAUCCAUGAGAAAAUUGCGAUUGGUGUGAUCUCAGCCCUAGCUGCCUCCGCUUCUCUCGCGCCGUCGAAAUUCGCUGCUGCAGAUGGACCUUUCACUUUCUCUGGCUUCUCCACUUCUCCGGCUGCUUCGAUUCCUCAGCAGCAAGGUUCUUCUCCGCCGACGCCGGAAUCUGGAAAAGAACCGUCUGUUGCUGGCGAAGAAUCUGAUGCUCCUCCUCGGAUUCGGAACAAUAAUCCGAGAACAACUUCAGCUGGGUUUGAUCCGGAAGCGCUUGAGCGAGGAGCAAAGGCCUUGAAGGGGAUCAACAACUCAGCUCAUGCCAAAAAGGUAUUUGAAAGUAUUAAAACUCAAGAAGAGACGAGGCAGGCUGAGUUUACAGCUAAGGCGCAGGAGUUUAAAGCUAUGCAAUCCCAAGCUGAAGCUGAGAGGCAAAGGGUAAUAUAUGAGGAACAGAAGAAACUUGCUCAGCACCAAGCACAAACAAAAUCACAGAUGGCCCGCUAUGAAGAUGAGUUAGCAAGAAAAAGGAUGCAGGCUGAGAAUGAGGCCCAGAGAACAAGAAACCAAGAACUUGUGAAAAUGCAAGAAGAAUCAGCAAUUAGGCGGGAAGUAGCUCGACGAGCUACUGAAGAAGAGAUUCAAGCACAGAGACGACAAACAGAGAGGGAGAAAGCUGAGAUUGAACGUGAGACAAUCAGGGUCAAAGCUAUGGCAGAAGCUGAAGGGAGAGCUCGUGAAUCAAAGCUUUCUGAGGAUGUCAACAGGAGAAUGCUUGUUGAUCGUGCAAAUGCAGAAAGAGAGAAAUGGGUUUCUGCCAUCAAUACUACAUUCGAUCAUAUUGGAGGGGGCUUGCGUACCAUUCUAACGGAUCAAAAUAAGCUAAUUGUUGCUGUUGGAGGUCUAACCGCUCUUGCAGCUGGGAUCUACACAACGAGAGAAGGUGCCAAGGUUAUCUGGAGCUACGUGGAUAGAAUAUUAGGACAACCUUCUCUAAUUAGAGAAUCAUCGAGAGGAAAGUACCCUUGGUCUGGUUCCGCUUCUCGUGUCUUGUCCACAUUGCGGGGUGGUGGUAAGGAGUCUACUUCCAAAAAUGGAAAAGGGUUUGGUGAUGUUAUUUUGCGUCCUGCUCUUGAAAAGAGAAUCGAACAGCUAGCUAAUGCAACUGCCAACACAAAAGCCCACCAAGCACCUUUCCGAAAUAUACUUUUCUAUGGUCCACCAGGAACAGGGAAGACAAUGGCUGCCCGAGAGCUGGCUCGUAGAUCUGGUCUAGAUUAUGCAUUGAUGACGGGUGGAGAUGUUGCUCCACUUGGAGCUCAGGCUGUAACAAAGAUACACCAACUGUUUGACUGGUCCAAGAAAUCAAAGAGAGGCUUGUUGCUCUUCAUCGAUGAAGCCGAUGCAUUUCUGUGCGAGCGGAACAAAACAUACAUGAGCGAAGCCCAAAGGAGUGCACUAAAUGCACUCCUCUUCCGCACGGGUGACCAGUCCAAAGACAUAGUCCUAGCGCUUGCCACAAACAGACCUGGUGAUCUAGACUCAGCAGUGUCUGACCGUAUCGAUGAGACGCUUGAGUUCCCCUUGCCUGGAGAAGAAGAGCGCUUCAAGCUUCUAAACCUCUACCUAGAGAAGUACAUAUCUAAGCCUAAUCUAAAAAAGCCGGGUUUGCUCCAAAGCCUUUUCAAAAAAGAGCAGCAGAAAAUUGAGAUAAAAGGCAUUACUGAGGAUCUCCUGAAAGAAGCUGCCGCCAAAACAAAAGGGUUUUCGGGUAGAGAGAUCGCGAAAUUGAUGGCAAGCGUUCAAGCUGCUGUAUAUGGAAGCGCAAACUGCUUAUUGGACGCAAACCUUUUCAGAGAGGUCAUUGAUUACAAAGUCGCAGAGCAUCAACAGAGAAAAAAACUAGCUGGAACCGAUGCAGGUAACAAGAAAUGAAUUCAUAUAAAUCAUCAACACAGAU